AUGGAGGUAUACAUCAAGACUCUGCUCACGCUGCCAAACUGGCACGUCAACUACGGCAGCAUCAUCACCACCUUCCACAAAGACGACAUCCGCUACUCACCUCAGAUUAUUCUCGUCAACGACUAUUACUACGAGCUUAACACCCCAGGUUCAAGAAUUUACCAAACGCUCGACAUCUACUGCCAGGGUGCCUUUCUUAACCGCUCACGCGAGACUACAUGGGUCAUCUCACAUGCAAGCGGCAUGGAAGCCCGCAUCUUCAUCUACAGCAAGUCAUCCAAGCUAUUUGACUUGGUUCCCGUCUAUCCCAUCAACAAUGCUGACGGUGGCAACUACUACGGGUUUUGUCACAAUGUUACAGUGAACCUCCUGUUCCAGCAAGUUAUGCGGGUUAUUGAAUUCGUCGCAUACCCAGACAACACACUUGUCACCAAGUAUCGCCGUCUUGCUAAUGCCAUGGAAUUUCACAAAAUGACCCUCAAGUCACCGAGCCUAGCGUUCGACAAGCUGAAAAGUUACCUAGCAGGUCCCCUACAUGUUUAUGAAUCCAGUGUUGGUGAGGAGCCAAAGAAGGACGUUGCCUGCAAAGUUGAUGAGUUGCCGCUGCAGCCAAACCCCAAUUUUGAAGAAAUAAGGGCCCGAAUUGAAGCAGUGACAGGAUUGACGGCAACAAGAAAAGAAGAAGAGCCCGUUGUUAAGACAGCCGUUGCAGUAGAAAAUGUAAUGGAUUUGUAUUCGCCCCCUGUGGAUUACAAGCCUGUUCCAAUCAUGUCUCUAUUGACAAAUGAUGUUGCGGAGGAUUCAUUGGUUGAGAAGACACUUGAGGAAAUAGAGGGGACGCUUGAGGAAAUAAAGCUGACGGAAGACGACGACGCUACGAAUGGCGAGUUGGAUGAUUGGAUUAAGGUUACCGAUGAUUCAUUCGACUGGGAGUGUGUCGAUACUGAGACGGAUGAGAGUGAUUAA